AUACACAGUGACGUGCGGGGCGUCACACGCGUUACGAGCGAACCGCCAAAAAGGGCUGCCCUGAACUCGCAUUUCUUGCAACCUUGAGGCUGUUCGACGCGGACAGGCGUGCGUGCCCCUGCAACCAUGAAAAUGAUUGUAGCUAGCUCGUGUAGCAGUCUGCAACUGCGGCAGAACGUGGUGAAGCCCUGUCGCGCAUCCCUGCGACCGCUCGUUGUCCGUGCCGCGGUGCGCAAGGACAAGCCCGCUGUGGAGCCAGUGACUGGCCCGAACGAGCUCGCCAAGCGCGUCAUUGGUGCUGCGCUGGGUACCACCACCGCUCUUUCGCUUAUCCUGAGCCCUGCGAUUGCUGCGUCGGAGCUCGUGCGCCUGCCCGCCUCCACCGACCCCGCGGUGUUCGCGGCGCAGCGCACGUUGGUGGAGGCUUGGACCAUUGUGGGCCACUCGUUUGUGGACCCGGCCUUCAACGGCCACGACUGGGAGGUGGAGCUGCGGGAGCACAUGAUGAAGGCCUACAACAGUGGCGACGGCUCCGCGGCCCUGGGUGAGAUCGCGGCCAUGCUUGAGGAGCUUGGCGACCCAUACACCCGCCGCAUCCCGCCCGAGGAGUACGCGGCCUUUCGUGUGUCCAGCGAUGGCGAGCUGCAAGGAGUGGGCAUGCUGAUCGCUAACGAGCCCGUGAACGGACAUUUGCUGGUGUUGGCCCCGAUCAAGGGCGGUCCCGCGGACCGCGCGGGCAUCCUGCCGGGCGACGAGGUCACCUCCAUCAACGGCGUAUCCACAGAGGGCUGGAACGGCGAGAAGGCGGCUCGCCUGCUGCGCGGCAAGGGCGGCACCGAGGUGCACGUGCGCCUCGCGCGCCGCAGCGCCGGCAUCCCCGGCGUGCCGGCGCGCCCCGACCCGCCCCCGGCCGAGCCCGUGGAGUACCGCGACGUGUCGCUCCGCCGUGAGCGCGUGCAGCUCAGCCCGCUGUUCUUCACCACCCUGCCGGCGCCGCAGCUGCCGCCGGGCACCGGCGGCCUCAUGCCCAUCAGCACGGACGGCCGCGUGCGCAGCUCGAGCGGCCCGGUGGGCUACAUCCGCCUGACGUCCUUCAGCAGCAAUGCCGCGGCGGAGAUGCGCGACGCCAUCCAGGAGCUGGAGAUGCGCGGCGCCAUCCAGGAGCUGGAGGCCGCCGGCGCCUCCGCCUACAUCCUGGACCUGCGCAACAACCCCGGCGGCCUGGUGCGCUCCUCCAUUGACAUCGCGCGCCUGUGGCUGGACGGCAGCCCGGUGGUGUUCAACGUCAGCGGACGAGAGGGCGACGAGCUGCAGCAGCAGGUGGUGGACACUCCCGGCGCCGCGUUGACGCACCGGCCGCUGGCGGUGCUGGUGAACGGUGGCUCCGCCAGCGCCUCGGAGAUCCUGAGCGGCGCCCUGCAUGACAACGCUCGGGCGGUGGUGCUGGGCGACGAGCACACCUACGGCAAGGGGCGCAUCCAGUCCGUGUUUGAGCUGCAGGACGGCUCAGCGCUGUUUGUGACGGUGGCGCGCUACCAGACCCCGGCCGGCACCGAGAUUGACCGCAUCGGCAUCAAGCCCGACCGCGCGUGCAGCAUGGGCGGAGCCCCCACCAACACCUUCGUGGCGGGCCUGCCCAUGGUGCCUGGCAGCAGCGAGUUGCUUGUGGAGUCGCUGAUGGAAGACAGCUGCGUCAUGGCCGCCCGUGACGUGCUGCAGCAGCAGGUCGCAGUCGUCGCAAACGCCGCAACCGUGGCGUCACAGAUCCCCGGCCCCGCGCGCGGCGCGGCGGCCGCCGCCGCGGCGGCGGCGCGGGUGCAGGCUGCGUCGGGCAUGCGGCGCGCGCCGGCGCUGACGGACCUGUGAGGAGGCGGCAGCGGAGGGGGUCAGGUGGUAGGUGGUGGAGGAGGGGGGGAUGGAGGGGAGCUGCCGCUAUGGUGGUUGGGUGGACGGCGGCGGUUGGCGGCACAGCGUGUGUGCCGUGCUGCUGCGGGCGGCGGGUGGCUGCCAUGUAUCAUUAUGUGCGUGUUUAUGUGUGUUCAAGAGCACAACGAAAACAAAGCGCAAAGACAGCGUAUGCGAUGCAGCGACAAAAUGUGUGUGUGCGUCCUGCUUGGGCAGGGCGGGGCGGGGCACUUGCCGUAGCGGUUUAAGACGAGGGGACUGGUUCGGUGGGUCAGCCCUGAUGCUGUGAGGGUGUGUGCGCUGGUGCGCCGAUUGCCGCUGCGCCGCCCGACGGGUGUGACGGGCGGUCCGGCGGCGCACCCCCUCUUAUAUUGUGUGCUUUCCCCACUGUGGCUUGGGGCAUGGUAUCACGAUCGCCGGCGGCGGCACGUGGUGUCGGGUGGUGCGGGGCCUGAGCCGGCACUCAGCAUGCGGGACGUAUGCGGCUGCACAUGCAAUCGUGUGUGUGCCCAUGCGAGGGGCUCGUGCGGUCUGUCUGUGCUGUCUUGCGUCGCUGCGGCCGUAUGGUUUGUACAAUAUAAGCGGCCCUGGGGCUCGUGUGCGCCCCUGUGUGUUAGCGAGUGUGUACGGCGAUGGGCCUGGGUGUGGAACGUGAAGAGGUGAUGCGGCUCCGUGCGCACGCCUUUUAUACACAAGCUGGUUUCUAUGCAGACUGCAGGGCGCGGCACAAUCAGGUGCACGUGCCAGUUGUUGGUUUGCGCGUCAUUUGUUUUCCUCUGAUGGUGUCGGCCGGUUGGGUGCGUUGGGUGCGUCGCCUGACGCGCGUGCCCGUACACGUUUGUUUGGUCGAGUGUGGUGGUAUUCGACACAUUGACGAUGCUAAAGUUUCUACAAUACAGACGGGUGAGAGGUCAGUAUAAUUCUUUGGUCAGGCCUCGGGACACACAGACGACGUUGCAAAAAGUGACGGGACGCAAGGAAAACACCGGUCAAGUCGCGUGUUGCGAAGCGGACCGCCGGCGGAUUAGCGGGGCGCGUGGCACGGUAUGUGUGCACGGUGCCAAGACGUUGGCUUCUCGGUGUGCGGGUGGUGGCGCUUUGUGCUUGUCAUGCAGAGCGAGUAGCGAUAGUACGCAUGGAAAGUCCCAUGCAUGGAGAGCGAGAGUUAUGGUAGGAGAAACAAACAAACCACAAGAAAGGCGUGCGCGGAUGCGACGACCACACCGGCUGCCAUCCCCACGCCCGCACAUGCCGGUUCACACAUACUGUAUUCUUCCUUGGGUGUAUGUGAUGGUGUGGAGUGCAGUGAAAAGGUACUGGUGCUGCUUAUCACUCCAUGCUAGAGGCGAAGAAAGCACAACAUUUGAAGUUGUAUCAGGCAGUGGGUGGUGUUUGUGGUUGUGGUUGGCGCCGGAUAUAUACAAUUUCAUCAUCCGGCUUGGCGCAACCCGCGGCUGUGGGGCCCGGGAUUCAGGAGUUUGGCGUCAUCAAGCAAUGGGCGUCAGUGUUGCACCCAGAGCAAUUAAAUUGGUGCAGUUGUCAUUGGCAGGGAGCGCACAGUAAUGUUGUUGGCGUGUGCCGGGCGAAACAAGUUGAAGUCCGAAUACGAGAAGAAAAUCCCUGGGAUGCACAUACGGAAUACUCUCACUCACUACGACACGUUGCUGCAGACGGUUGACAUUUGACACUCACGCGCGCAGUGCGGUGCGGUGCGGCGUAGAGAAACGCUGCACGACUGAGUUUGAAGAAGGUACGGGAAUGAGGCAGAGGAGCGCAAUUCGAGGGCUGCACGAGGACGUUGCUGUCUCGACGCCGCGGUUGCGCGCGUGUUGUAUGGUCAAGCCGCUUGAAGUUUGAACCUUCAUGCUGGAGGUGCUUCCUGCAAGACUUGGACGAGCCAUGGCCGGUGGAGCUGAGGGUCCGCGGCGCUGUGUUAUGUUUGAAAGGAGUGUUGGGGCAAUGCAUGACGGCUCCUGGCCUCUGCGGCCCCACGAGCUCUCCGCCAGCACACAGGCACCCGGCCGCCCGUGGCUCCAAUCCUUAUGCUGGGCCCCACGACCCUCGCUCUGAUGUGGCGCAUGCUGACCUAUGCGCUCGCCUCGUGGCGCAUCUGUAACUGUAGAAACUU